AGCGCUCCGGGCUGCGAGCUGCUCCUCCUGCGUGCUGUCGCCCUCCUGCCGCUCCUCUCCGGUCUCCCGCGCGCCUCUCCCGGCGCGGCCGAGCAGCGCGGGCGCCGCGAUGAAGGUGCUGGGACACAGGAUCGAACUGCUGACAGGGCUCUUGCUCCACGACGUGACCAUGGCCGGGCUGCAGGAGCUGCGAUUCCCCGAGGAGAAGCCGCUGCUGCGGGGCCAGGACCUGGCCGAGCUGGAGAACUCCGACACCUUCCUCUUGGCUGCAGACACAGACUGGAAGGAACAUGACAUCGAGACGCCUUAUGGCCUUCUGCAUGUGGUGAUCCGGGGCUCCCCCAAGGGGAACCGCCCAGCCAUCCUUACCUACCAUGAUGUGGGCCUCAACCACAAACUGUGCUUCAACACCUUCUUCAACUUCGAGGACAUGCAGGAGAUCACCAAGCACUUCGUGGUGUGCCACGUGGAUGCACCCGGACAGCAGGUGGGGGCGUCCCAGUUUCCUCAGGGGUACCAGUUCCCCUCCAUGGAGCAGCUGGCUGCCAUGCUCCCCAGCGUGGUGCAGCACUUUGGGUUCAAGUACGUGAUUGGCAUCGGAGUGGGAGCUGGAGCCUAUGUGCUGGCCAAGUUUGCACUCAUCUUCCCUGACCUGGUGGAGGGGCUGGUGCUGAUGAACAUCGACCCCAAUGGCAAAGGCUGGAUCGAUUGGGCUGCCACCAAGCUGUCCGGCCUGACUAGUACUUUGCCCGACACCGUGCUCUCCCACCUCUUCAGCCAGGAGGAGCUGGUGAACAACACAGAGCUGGUGCAGAGCUACCGGCAGCAGAUUGGGAACGUGGUGAACCAGGCCAACCUGCAGCUCUUCUGGAACAUGUACAACAGCCGCAGAGACCUGGACAUUAACCGGCCUGGAACGGUGCCCAAUGCCAAGACGCUCCGCUGCCCCGUGAUGCUGGUGGUCGGGGAUAAUGCUCCUGCUGAAGAUGGGGUGGUUGAGUGCAACUCCAAACUGGACCCAACCACCACGACCUUCCUGAAGAUGGCAGAUUCCGGGGGGCUCCCCCAGGUCACACAGCCAGGGAAGCUGACUGAAGCCUUCAAAUAUUUCCUGCAAGGCAUGGGCUACAUUGCAUACUUGAAGGACCGAAGGCUGAGUGGAGGAGCAGUGCCUUCAGCCAGCAUGACCCGUCUUGCACGCUCUCGCACGGCUUCCCUCACCAGUGCCAGCUCGGUGGAUGGCAGCCGCCCGCAGGCCUGCACCCACUCAGAAAGCAGCGAGGGGAUGGGCCAGGUCAACCAUACCAUGGAGGUGUCCUGUUGAAGCCCUGGGUCCUGCUGAAGAUGUCCACCCGCCCGCCCACAUCGAGGUCCCACUGCCAUCCCUGCGCUGGCUCAUUUUCCCUUUAGUUUAUUUUUGUGAGGGUGAAGGGGAGGAAAUGGGGUUACUUUCUUUUGUUUAAAAAAAUGAGGGGAUCCAUCGUAGAUGCCGCAGCGGAACAGUCUCCAGAAGAUUAGAGGAGCUCAUUCCUCCCCACCUCUAUCGCACUGAACGUGUCAACUUGGCUGUCUUGGACUCAUUCCAUCCAACUCCCCAUGGCCCAGGCACAGUCAGGGCAGGGCUACGGGGGGUGGGAAGGGGAUUAGGUAAGGACAGAGUCCUUAUCUGGCUAGGAUCCAGGAUCAUUCCUGGAUUAAAGAAAGAGCAUGGGACGACCCUUUGGCAGGCAGGUGUGAAGAUGGGAUAGGGCUUUAAGAUGGUGGUUGCUGGGACAACAGGAGGACCGGGUCCAGCUCAGGCACUGGCGUGGGAGCUGGGAAACAGCUGCAGGGAGUGCUGGGAGGCCCCUUCCCCCAGCCCCUCCACCAAGCACACCUGUUUCUGUCUUGAGGUACAUGUGACAAUCAUCUGGACAGUAGCCACAAGGGGGCGAUCUGACCAGGCAGCCAUUUUCCUGGUGCUCUCUGGGCUGGGCUGGUGCUGUAGGCCCAGGCAGGCAGGGGCUGAAGGGGGAUUCUUUGCCCAAGGAAGACAGAAUAUGGAGAACACUGAGUGCAGGAACCCCACUGACUGUCCCUUCCGGUCUACACGUUCUCCCAUCUCCUGGCCCUUUCCCAUUUCUGAGCCAAGGUCUCCCUGAGGUAGAAGUUGCCUGGCCCUCUAUCUCCAUAGUGACCUGAUGGUGGGCUGAAGGAAACAGUUGAGACAGCCCAUAUUUGUUGUGUACACCCCUGAGAACUUCAUGGUGACUGCCUUUGGGAGCCAACAGGUGGCCAGAGGCAGGGGUAGCUGAGAGUUCCUGUAGACCCCCUUUUUGCCCCCAGGUUCCACAGAGGACAACCCAACAGCAGCAGCAUGGUAUUUCUAAGCAGAGCUUUGGUCAGCCUAUGCCCAUGUUUCCCUCAGGCAUCCCUAAGGAAGAGAGAGUUUAUUUGGAGAGAACUGGUCUCAGGCAGCAAGACUUCUGCAGUCCAUGCUCCCAUCUCAGCCUGCUGCAAUGGGCUUGGGCUGGGGCUUGCUGGGUCCUGACAGGGCAGGGGGGAGGGCAUGUGUGUGUGU